ACUAUGCAAAUGUAUUGCAUUCAUGUCCACAGUCAUGAAGAUAUCAUCCUAUGCACGAUAUUUGCAAGUUUAUAAUGUGUGCAAUAUGGUUUGACAAGUUUGACACAUGAAAUCCAAGCAUGGUGUUGGUUGGUAAGACAUACUAAGAGCGGAUCGAAUACAGGGACGUUGAAGCCUGAGUUCUGAGAAUAGCGAAGGACUGUACACGUACAAUCUAUAUUGUCGCGUUAAGUGCUACACCUAACCGGAUAGCUGUUUGUAACAGGUGCUCAGUUAGAAACAACGACCAUGAUCUUCGAACUCGUAGAGAACCUGCAGCCAACCACAGUGCUAGGUUUCCUCGUGGUGCUAUGUCUGUCCUUCCUUUACCUAAGACGAAAUGAGAAGCUGCCCCCGGGUCCAAGAGGGCUCCCUCUGAUAGGCAGCAUUCCAUUCAUAGGCAAGAAUUUGGCAGCAGAAGCUUUACAAAUAUCGAAGGAAUACAACAGUGACGUAAUUACCAUACGCCUUGGGCCAAUCCUUGGCAUCUUUCUCAACUCGUAUGAUACAAUCAAAGAUGGCCUCUCAAGCGAUGACUUCACUGACAGACCGGAUCAGAUAUUCUUCAAGAAGUUCAUUUGCGAAGGCAAAGGUAUUGUCUCUACCGAUGGACCCGAGUGGAAAGAACAACGCCGUUUCGCGCUCUCCGUCCUUCGAGACUUCGGAAUGGGCAAGAUGGCGGCCGAGGAGAAAAUAUUGAACGAAACCCAGCAACUCUUAACCGAAAUCGAAAAGAAAGGUUCAGAGGAAUUUGACAUCCAACCCCUCCUGGCAACCUCAGCAGCGAAUAUUAUUUGUCUGAUAAUAUUUGGACAGAGAUAUUCAUAUGACGACGAAGAGUUCUCGUACUACAUCUCAAGGUUCCAAGAAAACGUUAAACUGAUGGGCCAGGGUAACCCCUUGACCGUCAUUCACUGGCUGCGCCAUCUACCGGGGGAUUUAUUUCACUACAAACAGGUCAUGCGCAAUGUGAGGCACGUGCUUGGUUUUCUCGACAACCACAUAAAAGAGCACAAAGAGAGAUUCGACCCUGAUAACAUCAUGGAUUUCUUGGAUGCGUAUAUUUUGGAAAAGCAGCGACAGGAUAAGAGAAACCCAGACAAUUCGUUCACAGAUCUUCAACUUGUGAACGUCAUGGGAGACCUGUUUCUUGCCGGCUCCGACACAUCAGCGACUACUAUUCUGUGGGGCCUGCUAUACCUGAUCACCAUGCCAGAAAUUCAGAAAAAAGUCCAACAGGAAAUUGACGAUGUGAUCGGACGAGAGAGAACGCCUUCAAUGAUGGACAAGCGCCACCUCCCGUACACCGAGGCAACCAUCUUGGAGAUUCAUCGCGUUGGAAGCAUUGGUCCAAUCGGUGCGCCCCAUUCAAACAAUGCUCGUGAUGUCAUGUUCCGAGGAUACAAAAUUCCGAAAGGAUCCUUCGUCUUCCCGAACCUAUGGGCCGUGCACAGGGAUCCUGCGUCUUGGAAAUACCCCGAGGGUUUUCAUCCCGAGAAUUUCUUGAAUGAGAAUGGCGAGGUCGUUUUGCCAAAAACAUGGCUGCCCUUUUCUUCAGGUCGGCGGCAGUGCCCUGGAGAAAGCCUUGCCAAAAUGGAGGUCUUCCUCGUAAUGACGUCAUUGCUGCAGAAAUUCUACUUUUCGAUACCAGAGGGCGAUGAAAAACCGGCUCUUGAGGGCGUGUUCGGAAUGAAUUUGAGCCCACAGCCUUUCCAUCUUUGUGCUAGCUUGAGGAGUUAAAAACCAAUUGGCUAUGAAUGUAAUUUACGGCAAUUGUAAAUACGACGUGUACAUACACUCAUUUAAAUUUAAUUAAAUGGAACGAAGAAAGACGAUGUAGUCCAGUAAAUAUAGGAAUGUACCUGGAACAAAUUAGAACAGUGGAAAACACUCAGAAAAAAACGCUUAGAUGAGAUUGUUGUUGAUAGGGGUAUACGCCCUAUGCUGCGUUGAAUCGUUGUAAUGCUUAACGGCGGCCGGAGUCUUUGCUGUUUGCUAUCCGAAUGCUGUCAUGCAAAGCACCAUAUAAAGUGUAUGAGAUGACACUGUGUCUUCAAUGCAAUGACCAAAACAAGGAUGAAUCGCCACGACUGUGGUUCAGGCUCUACAACAACCAGUUAUCGGCGAGUAUUCUGUCUUACCAUCAUUAAUAAAUGGAUGACCAGUGUAACUGCUGGAAACAAAAUAAA